AUGCCUUCAUAUGCUAAAUUUUUAAAAGAAAAUUUGUCAAGCAAAAGGAUAUUGGAAGAAGUUUCUGUGGUAAUGCUUACUGAAAAAUACAGUGCUAUAAUUCAAAAUAAGCUACCACAAAAACUUGGUGAUCCUGGCAGUUUUACCAUUCCAUGCACUUUGGGAGGAGUAUAUUUUGGGAAAGCCCUUUGUGAUUCUGAGGCUUCAAUAAAUUUGAUGCCAUUUUCUAUCUUUAGAAAAUUCGAACUUGAUGAAAUGAAGGACAUAGGUGUUUCUCUUCAGUUUGGAGAUCAAAAUGAAUACAAAGAUGAUCAAUUAGUUUCUGACUCAAUGGAAAGAUGUGUGACAAAACCAGAACAAGAAGAAAGACUUAUUCUAGUCUUACAAGCACAUAAAAGAGCUUUAGGGUGGACUGUAGAAGAUAUUAAAGGGAUUAAUCUAGUAAUUGGUACGCAUAGAAUCCUCAUGGAGGAUAGCUACAAGCCAAUAAUCCAACCCCAAAUGAGAUUGAAUCCUGCAAUGCAGGGAGUGGUAAAAAAGGAGAUUGUCAAGCUUUUAGUGGCAGCUGUUGAGCAAUAA